AUGGGUGAUGCAGGCUUAGUCAAGGAGCAGUUGCUCAUAGCGUUCAUGCAUGACCUACCCGCAGCGGUAAUUGAAGAUAUCCGUGCCAAAUUCCCCACCGCCGAGAUUACCAUCAUUCACCUGGAGAGAAUGGCUCCGAUCCCAAGUGAAUAUGCGCGGAAGGCUACCAUUAUUGUGACUUUUACCAAUCUGCCGAAUAUUGAGGACUCUGCCAAUAUCAAGCUGAUUCAUACCCUCUCGGCCGGAGUCGACCAUCUCUUGGCCCAUCCUAUCCUCAAAGACAGCAAGAUACCCAUCAGCACCAGCUCGGGAAUUCAUGGACCUCCGAUUGCCGAAUGGACUGUAUUGAACUGGCUCGCAGCAUCGAAAGGGUUUGUUCGGACGUACGAGAAUCAAAAGCAGCAUGUCUGGGGAGACGUGGAUGAAUACAUGUAUGGGCUGCAUGACCAGGUUGGGAAGAAGGUGGGCAUUCUGGGAUACGGGAGUAUCGGACGACAGAUCGCCCGUGUCGCUGUCGCUCUAGGAAUGACAGUCCACGCGUAUACGGCUUCUCCUCGCCUCACUCCCGAAUCCCGUCGCGAUACUGGAUACAUUAUCCCUGGCACCGGCGACAAGGACGGUUCAAUACCAGUAUCAUGGCAUCACGGCACAGACAAGGCAUCUAUCCACUCAUUCCUGAGGCUCGGAUUGGACCAUCUGGUAGUCUGUGUGCCAUUAACGGCGCAAACACAUCAUCUCCUCGGAUCCGAAGAAUUCGCCAUCUUAUCCUCACACAUACCCGCCGGACAUCCAAAGCCAUAUUUGACCAACAUUGCACGCGGCAAGGUCGUUGACCAAGAGGCAUUGAUCGCGUCUCUCCGCUCGGGUGAGUUGAGUGGGGCAGCGCUGGAUGUCACCGAUCCAGAACCGCUCCCUGCGGAUCAUCCGCUAUGGGAUGUGCCAAAUGUGCGGAUCAGUCCUCAUAUUAGUUCCCUGGGCAAGGAAUAUUUCCCCCGGUCCUUGGAUAUUGCCAAGGAGAAUAUGUGGCGAUUGGAGAGGGGAGAACCGCUGGUCAAUGAGUACAAACGGACUAGGGGAUACUAA